AUGGGGUUCCAACAAAGUCAUUAUGACUACUUACUUUUCACCAAGAAGACAAACACUGAUAUUGUUGUAGUACCAGUGUAUGUUGAUGAUUUACUGAUAACUGGAAAUAAUCCAAGACUAUUGAGUGACACUAGAAAGGACUUGCAAAAGAAAUUUAAAAUGAAGGACUUGGGGGAACUCAAGUUCUUUCUUGGAAUUGAAUGUGCAAAGUCAAGCAAAGGCAUUGUGUUGUCUCAGAAAAAGUAUGCUCUAGAGUUAAUAGCAGAAUCUGGUUUAGGAGGAGCCAAGCCUUCUGGUACUCCACUUGAGAUGAAUCAAAAGUUAACCUCAUCCAUGUAUGAUCAGUGCAUUCCCAAAGAAAGUAACACUAAAGAGAACAUCAUAGAAGACCAAAUUUUACCUGAUCCUAGUAGUUAUCAGAGGUUAGUGGGAAGACUAUUGUAUCUCACCAUGACAAGGCCUGAUUUCUCAUUUGCAGUUCAAGUACUGAGUCAAUAUAUGCAUUUUACCAAAGUGUCUCACAUGGAAACAGCACUAAGAGUAGUCAGGUACAUUAAGGAAGCACCAGGAUUAGGGUUGCUAAUGCUAGCAGAAAAAACUAGAAGAUCUGUGACAAGAUAUCUAGUCAAAUUUGGAGGAGCUUUAGUCUCUUGGAAGUCUAAGAAACAGGAGACAGUGUCAAAAAGCUCAGCAGAAGCUGAGUUUAAAAGCAUGGCAACAUGUGCAGCUGAAAUAACCUGGUUACUGGGAUUAUUCAGAGAACUUGGAACACAAGUAAAUGUACCAAUUAGCAUGAGAAAGGAUAUGUCAAGGAAUGCUGAAAACUGA